AUGGAUUCAAUUUCCCUUCUUGAUAUCUCAAGCUAUUUAAAGGUUGUCGUCCCCAAAGGGUGCACUAUCAAAAUAUUAUGGCCAAUGCAAGAUAUGAAAAACACAUAUGUUUACUCUGAUGCGUAUAUCUCUUUUGAAAACAAAUUGGAGCAUCAGACGCAAAACGAUUCCAAUCUUUCAUUCAACGUUGAACGUGAUUCUGUCGUAACGCAAAAAAGAUAUUAUCCACCCAAGUGCUCACAUGAGUUGAAAGUUGAGUUUGAUCAAAAGCUUGCUUUUUACUCUGAAGAAACAUCAAUGGAUGGCACUCGCUGUUGUAUUGAGAUCAUAGUGAAUAAGGCAGGAGUGCACGUCAAAAGGUUUAAGAACAUCACGUUGAAAGACAAUGCUGGUGAAGACUUUGAUGACAGAAAUGGGCUGGGUGACGAAGAUGAGAGCUUGAAAGUUUUAUUCAGUGAUGAUAACUCUUCAGAGGAUAGUGAUGAAUCUUUAACACCAAGCUCAACCAAUACCAUUACAACUCAAGUAAACACACCAGCUGCCGGCUACUACAAACUUGGACCAAACCUUGAUAUAGUGUUCAGAUACGGUUAUUGCAGAUCGAGUAGUAGAUCAAAAGAAACGUUUACUUGCGUUAAGAGUCCCUUCUCUUCAACAAAUUCAACAAGGGUAUAUCUUGAUAAUUUAUAA